UGACUGAAUAAGAAGCGAGAACACUGUGAGGAGAGACUAAAUGAGAGGAUUACAAAAGAGGCAUUUAAACAUUUCUCUUGCGGCAAGAAAACAUCAAAAUCCUCAAAGAGAGUUUCAUUUAAAAAAGAAAGCAUUAUCCAGUCUGCAUUUCCACACCACAAUCUUCUGAGGAAUCAUGGGACUGUUUGAAGUCUCAGUUAUUGCUCUUCUUUCAUUUAUCACAAUGACUGAAUUAGCUGAACCCCCUGGAUGUAAAAUCCGCAUCACGGCCCGAGGACUAGAAAUGUUAAAGUCUCAGACAAAAAAGUUUGUAGAAGAGGAGAUCAGUAACAUCACUAUGCCAGAGAUGAAAGGUUCAGAAGGCCGUUUCCAAUACACCAUCAAAAAUGUGAAGAUAACAGAGCUGGACCUGACAUCUGACCUGCGCUUCCAGCCUGACGUAGGGCUUCUCUUCGAAGUGCACAACUCCUCCAUCACACUGAACUUCCAGAGGCGAAUCCUAUAUUGGCUUUUUUACGAUGAGGGAUAUAUCAACGCCUCGGCAGAAGGCGUCAACAUCUUCACGGCCCUCCAUCUCAAAAGAGACGAGGUGGGCCGUCUCAAGAUCUCAAACAUCACCUGUGAUGCGGCUAUAACUAAGAUGAGGGCCAAAUUCAGCGGGACCCUUGGGAGGGUUUAUGACUUCAUUGCAACCUUCUUGACUACGGGAAUGCGUUUCAUCUUAAAUAAACAGAUUUGUCCAGCACUGGAUCAUGCUGCACUGGUUUUAGUUAACCAACUAUUGGAAACAAUUCCAGUGCGCACAGAGGUGGAUAAUUACAUUGGGAUCGACUACUCACUACUGAGUGACCCUGUGGUCACAGAUAGAAGCCUUGAUAUGGAUUUUAGGGGCAAGUUUUAUGAUCUUAAGGAUGAAAAUCAAACCCUAGUGAAUUAUGCCGUGAAUCCAGUAGUAAGGGAGUAUGAUCGUAUGAUCUAUCUGUCUCUCUCCGAGUAUUUCUUCGACAGUGGACUCUUUGCUUAUUACACAGGUGGACUUUUUCAAAUGCAGAUAGCAAAUGAACGGAUGCCCAAGGAUUUGGAGAUGCUUCUCAGGACGACCUACUUCGGUACAAUCAUGAUGCUGAACCCAGCUCUGAUGGAUCAUCCGCUGUCACUGGAGUUGGAGGUCACCGCUCCUCCCCGCUCCACCAUCAAAACCUCGGGUGCGAGCGUCUCUGUUAACUCAAACGUUAAAGUUCUGGUUCUUCCACCAGGAAAAGCACCAGUUCAACUUAGCAGCAUGACCAUGGAAGCUAAAUUCAAUGCGAAGGUGUCGAUGAAGGGAAAGCGCCUGGCAAUUUAUCUAGAUCUAAGAAGGUUCAAGAUCUUCUCCAAUCAAUCUGCUUUGGAGUCAUUAGCUCUGAUUCCACUACAGGGUCCACUGAAGACUAUGUUACAGAUAUCUGUGGUUCCUCUUAUUAACAAUUACACCAAGCGAGGUGUACAGAUUCCUCUUCCAGACGGCAUUGACUUCAUUGAAGAAGUGGUUGAGUAUCACAAUGGUUACAUCAUAGUGGGGGCCAACCUACACUUCAGAACAGGUCUGCGUGAGUUAAUCGAGAGACGCCUGACAGAUUCCUCAGACAACUUGAUUUAAGAAGGGAGACGAGCACAGAAACGCAUUCAUGACACGUAUGAACAGAUAUUAAAGUACAGGCCAAUAGAUUGGGGACUUUCUUUCCAACGAAUGCAUGAUAUUGGUGAAAUUUUACAAGCAUUUAGUCCUCAAAUUUGUUGACCUGCUAGUCAACAUGAAACAUCAAUAAAAAAUGUUAUUUACUUUAAUAAUGCACAUUCUCAGUUUUAAUAUGCAUAUAGAUAAAAAAAACAAAAUUGUAAGUAAAUGACUCUAGAUCACAAUACAAGUUUACAUGUUGAAGCCCGCAUUUUAUUGAUUUUCAUAUGAAAUUGAUUUAUUUCACACUGCAAAAUAAUGACUUUCUUACUUAGUAUUUUUGUCUUGUUUCAAGUUCAAAUAUCUAAUUUUUUAAAAAUUAAGAUGUAUUUUCUUAACGAGCAAAAUGAACUAAGAAGUCUUAGUUUUAGACAAAAAAAGUUGUGCUUAAAACAAGCAAAAAAAAUCUACCAAUGGGGCAAGAAAUUUUUUCUUGAUUUUUUUCAUGAAUUAAGUGUUUAAGAAAAUGUUCACGAUUUUUUUCUAACCCCAUUGACAGAUUUGCUUGAUUUGAGCACAAAUUCACUUAAUUUUUUUUGUCUAAAAACUUAUUUUCUUUGUUAAAGAAAAUGCAUCUUGGUUAAAGUAUUUUUAGAUAUUUGUACUGAAAACAAGACAAAAAUACUUAGUAAAAAAAGUAAUUUUGCAAUGCAUAAAAAUGCAUUACAGUAUAAAAGUUGCGUGUUCAUUUCAGGUUUUGAGUAAUUGACUGAAAUGCAUUAUAUAUGUUGUAUGUGUACGUAGAUGUAUAAACGAUGUAUUUCUAGAUGAAAUGUAUGAUUUUUGUACAAUUGUAUGAUCUUAUAUUGAAUGAAUAUUUAAUAUGAGGUUGGAUUGUUGUGCUAUAAAGUUUAAACAUCCUUAGUUGGGACUGAAAUCAUUGCGCUGGUAACACUUUAUUGUAAAGUAAGUUUAACAUUGGUUAGUAUGAACUAACAAUUAAAGAUACUUACAGCA